UUCAACGCUCGAGCCACGACUACGCCCCAUCAACUGCCGAUGAUUGUAUGCACAUCGAGUCGUAGUCACUUUUUUCGACUGUUCCUCCAUCGAUGUUCCGCUACAGCAACUGUAGUACAAUUAGCAGCAUUCCUGUAGAAGCCAAGGUUGAGUUACAGUCGAGCGAUCACGGCCUAUCGAAUCGGAAAAUAGAGAGACUUGACUCAAUGCCUGGGAUGUUCUGGUCUUGAAUCCCCGCGCUGAUUUGGUUUUUCGAGUGUUUACAGCUGAUUGAGAGUUUUGGGAUGCAGAUGGAAAUAUUGGCUAUUGCGGGGCUAUUUAUAGGGUACAUUUGGAGUUUUUAUGUCGCUGUAGUUGCCGUGUGAUUCAACCCACUGUCUCUCUUGGAAUUUUGGUUGGAGGAGGAAACAGAUCUGUGGCAAGAGGCGGGGUGUGUAGACGUUUGUGUGAUGGGAUCUGCGAUUUUUCGAGUGGGGUUAGUCUGUUGACAUGGGUGCCGGAGUGCGAUUUGUGCGGCUGUGGUUGAUUUUCCGGGCACUUGGUUAGCAGAUCUAUUGAAUCGUUCCGAAUGCAUGACUUUACUCGAGCUCAGUAUAUGUCACCGGAGCAUUUGAUGAAAGACAAACGAUUCAUUUGCGUAGAACUGGGUUUUACCUGAACCAUUUGAGCUCAUAUGUGUAACAAGUGGCAGAACGCAACUGUAGACUCUACCGACAAUGGAUCCAAUUGUAAUCUUACAGCCUUUGAGGACCUUGCCCAGCUAGAUUGAAACCGUUACGAGAAGGCAUGAAUUGAGGUACAGAUUUUUAUUUAUUUUGUAAACCUAGUUGACAAUGGAUGGGAGGCAAAGUAAAACGUGCUCAAGGGUGGCCUUUCUUUCCUUCGUACUCUGCUAUUUCAUCGGAGUGGUUGGAUAUGGAGAUAUGUCCGGAAGUCAUUUACGCGGUUCUACUUCCUCACAAUUCCACAAAGCGUUUUCAAUCGUGGAGCCGGAUCCAGGGCACACAAAAUUAGCGGUAUCUAGAAGCGGUUUGAAUGCUAUAGCGCGAAUCACGAAUCCAAUUGCGGUUGUUGCGGUCAUCGGACCUUAUCGUUCUGGAAAAUCAUUUCUCCUCAAUCAGCUUCUGUCACUUUCCUGCAAUGAAGGGUUUGGCGUUGGCCACAUGCGGGACACGAAGACGAGAGGUAUUUGGGCGUGGGGGGAGCCUCUGGAAAUCAACCUCGACGGUGUGAAGACCUCGGUCUUAUUCUUGGACACGGAAGGCUUUGAGAGUAUUGGAAAGUCCAAUGUUUAUGAUGAUAGGAUAUUUGCACUAGCAGCUAUAAUGAGUUCCGUUCUUAUUUAUAAUUUGCCGGAGACGGUACGUGAGGCUGAUAUCGCCAAGCUGUCGUUUGCAGUAGACUUGGCAGAAGAGUUUUAUGGUCGGGUUAAGGGAAGAGAAAGUAUUUUGGAACCUGCUAAGCUGCUCUGGUUGAUCCAACGCGACUUCCUUGAGGGAAAGUCAGUUCAGGCGAUGGUGGAAGAAGCGCUGCAGACCGUUCCCAAUCCUGACAACAACAAGGACAUAUUCCAGGUGAAUCGCAUACGGAAAUCCUUGUCGUUAAUGGCAGAGAAUAGCACAGCUUUUAGCUUACCUCAGCCACACUUGGAGCGUACAAAGCUUUGUGAAAUGGGAGACUCAGAACUUCAUCAUUCAUACGUGAGCCAGAGGGAGCGCUUAAAAAAGGUUGUGACUUCUAUGAUUCGGCCAAAAAUAGUCCAAGGGGGGACAAUCACUGGAAAAGAUUUCGUCUCUCUUCUAGAACAGACGCUGGAUGCUCUAAACAAAGGGGAGAUUCCGUCAGCUGGCUAUGUGGUGGAAGCUUUCAACAGAGCUGUAGUUGAUCGAUGUGUAGCGUUGUACAAUACUCGUAUGUCCAAAUUCCAGUUGCCUGUUCGUGAAGAAGAGCUCCUCAGUGGUCAUGAGAGUACCGUUCACGAGGUCACUAGCUUGUUUGGAAAGGAGCGAUUUGGGAGGCAAAAAGAUAACGACGAAUCGUCAAGAAUGCUUCUCAUGCAAGUGGAGAAGGCUUAUGUAACUCUCGUGGAAAUUAAUACUUUUAGAUCGUCAAGACAGUGUGACAAUAUCUACACAUCUUGUGAAGAUCAACUAGAUAGUCUACAGGGGCUGCGGUUACCUUCGAUGGCGAAAUUCAGUGCUGGAAUAACAUCAUGCAACAUCACAUUCACCAAAAACUGCCUGGGACCUUCAAAGCCUGUGUAUCAAAAGCGUUUGGAGAAGAUGUGGUUGAAGGCAAGGAGCCAUUUCAUAAACAACUACAACCAGCGUCUUUUCAACUGGCUUGUAGUUCUGUCUUUAGUCAUGGUGGUUGUAGGUCGCUUUGUUAUCAAAUUCUUGCUCCUGGAGAUUGCAGCUUGGGGGCUCUUCAUUUUCUUAGAAACCUACACACGCAUAUUUUGGUCUGCCGAGUCCCUUUACUACAACCCCACUUGGCGAGUAGUGGUCUCGGCGUGGGAAGCAACUGUUUACGGCCCAUUGCUUGAUUUGGACAGGUGGUUUAUCCCUCUGUCUUGGAUUAUAUUUUUUGGAUUCAUAACAUACCGAUUGAAAUUCGGGAGGCGUAAGAAAGGGCCAGCACCCCUGCUGCCAAGUGUCGACAUUCCCAGAACCUCGAGAAGAAGUCGAUUUCUGAAAAUGUAGGUCAACUUCCAGAAAUGACCUUGUGACUGGUCCUGUAAAGAAGGGUUAAUGAGAGUUAUUCUUGUCGCUGCAGAUCAGUUCCAGGGUCUUUUGAAAUCCCAUUACGAUUUAGUGUAACAAUUGAGCCCUGGACCUGAGAUGUAGACGUCCAAGCCGGAGGCAUAAAAUUAGAUCAUUCAUGCUUUCUCUAGUCGGAAGCCUGCUCUGCUUUUCUGAGCACUGCUUCAUCUGUUUCAGUUCGAAACUUUCACUUAUAAAUUCCGUAACAAGGAUUCUCACUGUUUAUUCUA